GCCCCGCCCCGCCGCAGCCCCUCGGGCGGGCGCGCCAGAAGAUGGCCGGGCGAGGCGGCAGCAGCGCUGGAGGCCGCGGCGUUGUGAUUUCAGACAAUUGGCCUGGAUACAGUCUGGAUUUGUUCACUUAUCCUCAGCACUACUAUGGAGAUCUGGAAUAUGUACUUAUACCUCACGGCAUUAUUGUUGACAGGACAGAACGAUUGGCCAAAGAUAUUAUGCAAGACAUUGGAGACAAUGAUAUUGUGGUUCUCUGUGUCCUCAAAGGUGGCUACAAGUUCUGUGCUGACCUUGUGGAGCACAUUAAAAAUCUCAGCAGAAAUUCAGAAAGGUUCAUCUCCAUGAAAGUCGAUUUUGUUAGACUGAAAAGUUACCACAAUGAUCAGUCUAUGCAAGACAUGCAGAUAAUGGGAGGAGAUGAUCUUUCAAAGCUGACUGGAAAGAAUGUGCUAAUUGUGGAGGAUAUUGUUGGAACUGGAAGGACUAUGAAGGUUCUGCUUAAUAAUAUAGAAAAAUACAAGCCCAAAAUGAUUAAAGUGGCAAGCUUGUUGGUGAAAAGAACAUCUCAGCCUGAUGGGUACAGACCAGAUUAUUAUGGAUUUGAAAUUCCAGAUUUGUUUGUGGUAGGUUAUGCCCUGGACUACAAUGAGCACUUCAGAGAUCUAAAUCACAUAUGUGUUAUCAAUGAUCAUGGCAAAGCAAAAUACAGAGUCUGAAGCAAUAACAUCCUCACCUGAAGAUUUGUAAGCUCUGUGGAGCAGAAAUUUUACUACACUCCCUCAAGCACCUCCCAGAAGAGCAGUUCAACUGACUUGUGUUUCUUUCAAAUCAGUGUAAUAAGGGGUUUACUCUAGAGAAAGUGAUUAACAUUUAAAGAAGUGAGAGCUUUUAUAAAAAAUGUGAAGUAGAGGGCUUUUAAAGUUAUUAUAUUUUUUAAGUAUUAAAAUUACUGCAUAGAAUGCCUUUUGUCUAAUAGUUUGUCUGCCUCAAGUCUCAUGGUGAAUUCUUUUUUACUUUGUGCAGUCCAUUGUACCCACUGCAACUCAUGUACUUCAUGGUGGUGCAUGAGAUGAUUCAGAAGUGCCAUUCUGUGCAUUAAGAUUAUUUUACAGAAUUUAACUGACUUCAGCAUCCCUUUAGCCUUGGUCAGAUAUGCUGCUGCCAAAUUGAAAGCAUUAUUUUGAUUUAAUUCCACAAUUCAAAAGUUUCAGCUGAAGCUGAAUGUUGCAUGGUAAUGCAUUUUGGGCAGUCCAUUACUGCCUCUCCCACACAGGAGCUUUAGCUCUCAGAGUGCACUGAACUAGAGUGCUGGCACAAAAUGAACCUUUGCAAGACACUGUUGAUCUGAAAUUGGAAGAUGUCAUGUAACCAUAGAUCUAACCUUUUUAAUGUGCUGAAUUUUAAUUGAGAGAAAACAAUGCCAGGCAGGUUUCAAUUUCUGCAUAGUAUCCCUUUACUGCUAUAGGACACAAACAAGUAAAAAAAAUUAACACAGUGUUCUCCUAUGUGCAUAUUCUUAAUUAAAGCUGAUCAAGCACAGAAAUGUAAUGCUAGUCAGACAAUUGCUCAGUUAUUAUUUGAUUUUCAUACCAUGUCUGAGUUGAGAUUUUUUGUAACUGUUAUUUUUAAGAAUACAGAUCUGACAAUGUUGGAAAAGAAAAAAAAAUUAUAGAAAAACAAGUUAACCCAUAAAUAAUCUAGAGAUUCCUUCCUUCCCUUAUAUAUGAUGUUUGAAGUUUAUUAAUUUAUGUGCUGUACUAAUUUUGAAAAAUUGAAUUCUGUACUGAAUCUAACAGUUCUCAACAGCUUCCCGAGGGAAGCCAAUGCAAAGUAUGGAGCUGUGUAUCACUAGCUUUGUAAGAGGCAGAUUGUUAUUAGCUUCAGGUUCUGUAAACUAAUAAAGAAACUAUAACAACA